GUACGCACAUGCUGCGCUGGUAAAACUGAGGACAGAAAGUGAUGCUGUUGGAAGUGAUCAUGCUGUUUGUUUCCUGUCCACGGUUUUAGCAGUUAGGUAGAUGUAGUAGCGCUGCAGAGGAAAUGUCGGCAGCUGAAGGACUACAUGCUGUAGUACAUUUCAUCAGGCGAUGCUGUGGGACUGCAGGCUUUCAUUAGGGAGAGGCUGCAGACAUGAGGAAAUAUUUAUGAGCAUUUAUGAAACUGACGCUUGCUGCUGCUAAAAGGAUGAUGAUGACGAUGAUGGGAGGAGGCCACGGCCGAAGGUGCAGCCCUCGCUAGAAUCACACUUUCUCCUCCAACUUCACCCCCUUCACCAUCAUCCACUUCUGCCGUCCCUCCCUCCUCCCCCACCACCAUGGCCAACCACCUGGAGCUGAUUCAGGAGCUGCAGCAGCUGGACAAGGUACCCAGCCUGGAGAGGCUGCGGGCGGCCCAGAAGCGGCGCACUCAGCAGCUAAAGAGAUGGGCUGUGUACGAGAAGGAGAUGCAAAACAAGAAGCGAAAGGCUGACAAGAAGGGACGCAAUGCCAACCUCCAGCAAGAGUCCAAGAGGCAUGUGUCAUUUGCUGCCAGCGUGGCCCUUCUGGAGGCAUCAGCCAGGAAUGAUCCAGAUGAAGUACGCUACCUGCUAAAGAACAAUGUGAGUCCAGACCUCUGCAACGAAGACGGUCUCACCGCCCUGCAUCAGUGUUGUAUCGAUAACUACGAGGAGAUGGUGAAGAUCCUGCUGGACCGAGGAGCCAGUGUCAAUGCUCAGGACAACGAGCUGUGGACGCCAUUGCACGCCGCUGCUACAUGUGGCCACGCCGGACUGGUCAAGAUCCUUAUUUCACACGGUGCAGAUUUGCUGGCGGUCAACUCUGACGGAAACAUGCCCUAUGACCUGUGUGAAGACGACCCGACACUGGACAUAAUUGAGACAGCUAUGGCUAACAGAGGCAUCACCCAGGAGAUGAUCAACGAGACACGAGCGUCAACAGAGAGGAGGAUGCUGGGAGACAUUCAGGAACUGAUGAGACAGGGAGAGGAGGUCAACCAACAAGACUCUCAGGGAGCCACACUGCUCCACAUUGCAGCAGCAAAUGGCUACGUGCAGGCUGCAGAGCUGCUGCUGGAGGCGGGAGCUCGCAUGGACCUGAGAGAUUCAGAUGGAUGGCAACCUCUUCAUGCUGCAGCAUGCUGGGGUCAGAUGCAUGUGGCAGAGCUGCUAGUGUCUCAUGGAGCCAGUCUCAAUGCCAAGACCUUCCUUGAGGAGACCCCUAUAGAUCUGUGUGAGGAUGAGGAGUUCAGAGCUAUCCUGCUGGACCUGAAACACAAACAUGAUAUUAUCAUGAAGUCACAGCUCAAACACAAAACCUCACUGUGUAGGCGAACGUCCAGUGCAGGCAGUCGUGGAAAAGUGGUGCGGCGAGCCAGCCUGUCAGACAGACACAACUUGUGCCGAAAAGAGUACGAGACGGAGGCCAUUGUUUGGAGGGGAGGCAGGGAGGAGGAGGAUGAAAAGGAGAAAGAAUCUGAUCAGGAGAAUAUCCAGGUGGUGCAUGUCAAGCCAGUCGAAGCUGUGGAGCUGCCAGACAAGCCCAAGCUGCCCACCAUCCUCAAAGAUGGCAACAGCAAACAAAACGGCCUCAUCUCCACAAAAACGUCUACGCCGCCGCAACAGCCCUCCAACGGCAAUGCGCCAUCAUCUGAUAAGGGCGGGGUCAUCACCACUCAGCCCACCCAGGAGGAAGCCUGGCCGAGAGAGCGUGCUCAAACUCUGUCGGAGCUCAAGAAACAGAGGGCUGCUGCCAAAUUGUUGAAUCACCCCUUGUUCAACGGUCACCUAGGUAACGGCUCCACAGACUCCUUCACUGAUGCCAAAACCAACUCCGAAGACCCCCGCAUGCCACUGGUCUCCUCCAAUGGCAGCGCGGUGUACUACACGCCGGCCAGUGGAGACCCGCCGCUCCUCAAAUUCAAGCAGCCAAUAGAGGAAGAGCAGCCGAAGAUGCGGACCUGCUGCUGCGUGUCAUAGCGCCCAGGUCAUGUGAAUGUUAACGGAACAGAAAGUGUUUGCACAGAGAGGAGGGAAAUGAACAACGUGCUGUAGAAGGGAGGAGAGGAAGGAGAGAGUGUAAUCUUUUGACGUCCUAUUCCUCCCCUUUAAACUUCUUCCAGAGAUGACGGCUCGCCUGAAGAAGGUGUAGAAACUUAUCCUAACCUCCCUGCCAUGAGACACCUUCCCCAAACUCAGGCAUGCUUUAAGUGUAGCAGAAAAAGGAGAGGAACUGAGCAGUGCCACUUUUGUCACAUGGAUUAAAUUCCUUCUCAUAUAUGGAGUCUCUCUACAAACGCAUAGAAAGAGCGCAAGAAGCUGUCACUCUGUCCCUAUGCACCUUUAGGAAUAAGGGUGUGGACAGUUUUUUUUAAGCUUUUCACCUGGAACGUAUCAAAAAUUUUGAAUCAGGACAGUAGAAAAGAAUUCAAGGUACAAGGUGCAUGUUCUGCCUUCAGAUAUGAAGAUGGAAGAGAUUUUUUUACCCUACAUAUGGGAUGGUUAUCAUGUAAUUAAACAGCAGGACAAGCUCUCGUUGUUGUGAAACCACAUUGUUCUGUUUUUUUUGUCACAUUCUUGCCAUUUUCAAAUGUGCAGAAAGGCCAUCACAGAACGGUCCAGAUGUGUCACAUCAUGUUGUGCUACAACAUAUCAGAAGCAGCGAAAAGUAGCAAAAAGAGAUCUGUGACAUCUUUUUUGAAGUAUUGAUCAUGUUAAAAUGCUGCCUGCAUAAGUAAAGGGAAGGAAUGCCAUAAAACAGUGUUAAAAUAUUCAGGAAGUGUACUUCUACAGCAAGAGAUAAUAGGAAGUAUAGUAGUGCACUAGUGUUUGAGAGACUGUCACUAUAUUCUGUUAAACGUCAUCUCACCGUCCUCUCAUAUAAACCCUGAACUGACAGGUCAUGCUCUGUUUUAUGCACAAUCCACUUUGUGCUCACUUGUUUAGAUAAUUUAAGCAAACAUGGUUGAAAAUUACUGUACAUUUCUUUAUUUAUGUAAUUAAUGCAAUGUGUAAAAACAAACAAACAAACAAAAAAACAUGUUUCCUAAAGUUGAGUGUAUUUAUUAUUUGGAUGGUGUGUGGAGAGUGUGAAUGCAAUAUAAGAUGAGCUGGAGCGUCUUCCAGCAAAGCACCUUCUGACAUGAAAAACGUUCAACUGAUGAAGUGUAGUAAGGGUUUCUGUCUACUAUAUGUACAUGCUAUUAAAAUCACACAAACAAGUCAUCCUGUUGGGAUGGAUUUCAUAUUUGUGUCACUACAAAUAACAGUGUUAUUUGUUUAUGUUGUGUUUUUUUGUUGUUGUUGUUGUUUUUCUGGUGGCCAUUGUGUGGCUUUAUCUUCUGCCAGUCACUGUAUUUGUUAACAAAAAUUGUAAAUGUUAUGUAAUGAAUUAUUGUGAGUAUAGUAUGAGUUUUCUGAAGAUACACAUUGACUCUAUGCUUGCCUCAUUACAUAUUAAUCCACACAUGGAUUCGGUCUUUAGUAAGCCCGCACCAUUAUGUCAACACAAAUUAUAAACUUGCCAACCUAUAAACAAAUGCUAGAAGCGGUUUCUCUGCUUAACUAAUAAAAGAAUGGUUUGACAUUUCGAGAAA